AUGACGAAACCAUCACCAUUCCUCGAGCCUGGUCCUCGGACACAAGCCAAUUCGAUUGCUGUCGUCCAGCUUUCCCGCGACAACCUUGUUCCCUUGAUCCUCCAAGAUUCGACUGCCGCCGUUGAUGGCUACGCCGAAGGAGCUGUCCUCAACACUCGAUUCGGCUCCUUCCCCCACUCAACUCUGAUCAACGUUCCUUGGGGCUCUCAGAUCCGUGCGUCGAACGUCGAUACCGGCUCCCGAGGCCGCAAGCGCAAGAGGAAGGAGGAGGAGACCGAUGCAUCGACCCCAGCCGCCGACGACGCCGAGUCGUCCGCACCCGUCAAGAAGGCCGUCGCUGCCGCCAGCGGCUUCGUUCAUAUUCUCCAGCCCACCGCCGAGCUUUGGACCGCAGGCUUGCCGCACCGCACACAAGUCGUCUACACUCCCGACUACAGCUUUAUCCUCCAGCGCAUACGCGCCCGCCCGGGUACCCGAUUGAUCGAAGCCGGCGCCGGUAGUGGAAGUUUCUCCCACGCUUCUGCGCGGGCCGUCUACAACGGCUACCCUGAAGACGAUACCCAGCGGAAGGGCAAGGUCUACAGCUUCGAGUUCAAUAAGGACCGUUAUGAGAAGAUGCAAGAGGAGAUCACAGAACACGGCUUGGAGGGAAUCGUUCAGCUUACGCACCGCGACGUCUACAACGGAGGUUUCUUGGUCGAUGGCGAGAGCCCGGAGGCUGAAUCCGUGUUUCUCGACCUGCCCGCUCCGUGGGAGGCACUGCCUCACUUGUCGCGAAGUAAGCCAGCGACAGCUGAGGAGGGCGAGGGAAACGCGCAAAAAUGGGUGUCUCCGUUGAACCCCAAGAAGUCCGCCUACAUCUGCACGUUCUCUCCUUGUAUCGAGCAAGUCACGAGGACCGUCACUACGCUGAGAACCCUUGGCUGGGUGGAUAUCGACAUGAUUGAGAUCUCUAACAAGAAGUUCAAUGUCAUUCGAGAUCGCGUCGGCCUUGGCCAGCCUGAACGAGGCAUUCCGCCCACCGCGCGCGACGUCGGCGAGGCAGUCGCCAAGCUUAGGGUGAUCGAGAAGCGCACGAGAGACUUCCACAACCCGGCAGACCCCAACUCUGCCGAAAGCUCGUCGCCUAACAACGCCAUGGACGUCGACCAGUCGCCAAACACGAAAGCGAACGGCACGUCAGCAGAGGCGACCAGCGUGAAGCCGUGGUUGCAAGGCCGCGUCAUCCACCGCGCCGAGCCCGAGCUGAAGACGCAUACCUCCUACCUCGUCUUUGCCGUUCUGCCUCGUGAAUGGAGCGAGGAAGACGAGGCCGCGGCGCUUGCGAAGUGGCCCUGCGGCUCGGAGACUGGGGUUAUCGGAAGUAAGGAUAAGGAGACCCGCAAGCAGGAGAAGCGCGAGCUGUUGCAGGGCAAGGGCAAGAGGAAGAAGAACAAGGCGUAA